GAGGAGGCGGAGUCUAGUUGCCCUGGAGACCAGUUGCCCUGCGGUCGCCUGGUAACGGGUGGCGGCCGUGCAGGCUGCGAGGUGUGGACGGCCGAGGCCGGGAGCCCACGCCGGGCGCUGUAGGUCUGUGCUGCGAUGGCGGCCGCGGUAUCGUCGCGCUUGGAGGAUGGGGUGUCUCGGGCUCGCGGCGAAGGCGCAGGGGAGGCGGUGGUGGAGCGCGGGCCCGGCGCGGCCUACCACGUGUUCGUGGUGAUGGAGGACUUGGUGGAGAAGCUGAAGCUGCUCCGCUAUGAGGAGGAGAUCCUCUGGAAGAGCAACCUGAAGCCGCCUUCCAGACACUAUUUUGCUCUGCCUACCAACCCUGGUGAACAGUUCUACAUGUUUUGCACUCUUGCUGCAUGGCUGAUUAACAAAACAGGACGAUCCUUUGAGCAGCCUCAAGAAUAUGAUGAUCCUAAUGCAACAAUAUCUAAUAUAUUAUCGGAGCUUCGGUCAUUUGGGCGGACUGCAGAUUUUCCCCCUUCAAAGUUAAAGUCUGGCUAUGGAGAGCACAUAUGCUAUGUUCUUGAUUGUUUAGCUGAAGAAGCACUAAAGUAUAUUGGUUUUACUUGGAAAAGACCAUUAUACCCAGUGGAAGAAUUAGAAGAAGAGACUGUUCCAGAAGAUGAUGCAGAAUUAACAUUAAGUAAAGUAGAUGAAGAAUUUGUGGAAGACGAGACAGAUAAUGAGGAAAACUUUAUUGAUCUCAACGUUUUAAAGGCUCAGACCUAUCGCUCGGACACAAACGAGUCUGCCAAACAAGAAGAUAUUUUGGAAUCUACAACAGAUGCUGCAGAAUGGAGUGUCGAAGUCGAACGUGUACUACCACAACUGAAAGUCACGAUUAGGACUGACAAUAAGGAUUGGAGAAGCCAUGUUGAUCAAAUGCACCAGCACAAAAGUGGAAUUGAGUCGGCUCUAAAGGAGACAAAGGCUUUUUUGGACAAGCGCCAUAAUGAAAUUAAUAGGACUCUGGAAAAGAUUGGCAGCCGAGAAAAAUACAUCAACAAUCAGCUUGAGCACUUAGUUCAAGAAUACCGUGCAGCCCGAGCCCAACUGAGUGAGGCAAGGGAGCGCUACCAAGAGAGGAACAGUGGAGUAACAGAAAGGACCAGACUCCUGUCUGAGGUAACAGAAGAAUUAGAAAAGGUAAAGCAAGAAAUGGAAGAAAAGGUCAACAGCAUGACUGAUGGGACUCCUUUGGUGAAGAUAAAACAGAGCUUAACCAAACUGAAGCAAGAGAUUGUUCAGAUGGACAUUCAAAUUGGUGUUGUGGAACACACACUACUCCAGUCAAAGCUAAAGGAGAAGUCCAACAUGACUAGAGACAUGCAUGCAACCGUCACUCCAGAAUCAGCAAUAGGCUUUUAUUAAAACUUAUGGGUUUUUGCACUCUGGUUGUUUGGUUUUUAUAUCGAAUUACUUUCUAUAUUACAUGGAUUUCCAAACACAGUUAUACCUCUUAAAGCAUGUUCAGUAGGCAUUUUUGCACAUGUAUUGUCUCAUGUUGAUUAAGACAGUUAAAGCCUUUAAAGUGAAUUUAAUUCUUAAUAAAGUCAUUAAAAAUCCUCACGUUCAAA